AAGUAUAUUAAAUUCGGGAACGUGCGACGCGAUAGUGUUUUUUUUUCUCUUUUUAAAAAUAAGAAAACGAAGUGCUUAAUUACCUUUUCACGUUUUAUACACAUUAAAAAUAAGAAAAAUAUAUUUAUACAAAAUUAUAGUUAAAAAUAGAGGAAAAAAAGUAUAUUUAAGAACAAAUUAUUUAUAAACAAACCUUAAAAAAAUAUUUUGAACCGCGCCUUUACUGAUCCAUUUACUAUUUUUGAAAAAAAAACAGAAGAAAGUUAUAUCUUUAUACAUUUUUAUUGCCAAAGAAAGAAGUCAAAAGGUUGUACCUGUAAAUUGAUUUACCAAAACACUAUCAAAAGUAACAACUAUGGAGCAAUCAAAGAAAUUUUUUACCUUUUUGAUGAUCUUCAUACAACUUUUACACACAAUCACAAGCAGUACAAACGACGUUUUGCGUUGCACCAAAGUACAUAAUGACAAUUACUAUUUGGGACAAGUUUGCAUAUUGAUUGACAAACAAAUUGAUCGGAGCACGGAUUGGAAUGCACAACGUGUCGAAAAUAAUGCACGUCCCGAGCAAAUUCGCACAGUUGUUUUUCAGGAAUCGACGGUUACAUAUGUUCCAACCCAACUUUUUGAGAAAUUUACACAUGUAGAUCGCGUUUACUUGAAUGCAACGGAAUUGGAAAGCAUUGACAGUGAUUCGUUUGAUCGUGCGACAAAUUUAAAGGAAAUUUAUCUAAACCAAAAUAAACUUGCUGAAUUAGGAGCUCGUUCUUUUAGUAAAGCUAAAGCUUGUCACAUUUUGGAUUUGUCGCAAAAUAAGUUACAGCAUUUAGACGAUGCAGCAUUUGAAGGAUUGUCAUCAGUGCGGAAGCUGUUGUUGAACUUGAAUCGCAUUAGCAGCCUUUCAGAAGACGUUUUUGCUCCGCUUAUUCAGCUAAAUCAUCUUGAUUUGUCCAAUAAUAACAUAGAAAUGUUUGCUGACAAUGUUUUCGAACACAAUCGUGCAUUGCAAUUUGUCGACCUCUCAUAUAACUCUAUUAAAGUACUUAACAUCAAUUUGAAAAACAAUCCGUUGUUGACGAAAUUCCAUGUAUCCAGCAACGUUAUUGAAAAUGCAACAAUUCUCCGCAAACCUAAUGUUACAAAUUCAUUAGUUAUUUACGCAGAAGACAACAAUUGGCAAUGCGAUGUCUUGAAUGCUACAGCAAAGGAGCUUGAACCACUGAAUGUUCGCUUUACAGCCCUCCAAAUGGAACGUGUCAUCCGUGAAAACUCAUUUGUAAAUGGUAUCGAUUGCCAUGCAACUUCAUUCUUCGAUUCGGCAAACGUUAAUUGGCCAAUUGUUGCUUUUGUCGUAACAGCUGCGAUUGUAUUCAUUAUCGGUGCUUUUGUAGCAAUCUUCUGUUGCAGACGUAGAAGACGGCGUGGAUCAUGGUCCUCCGCCACACAAUCCCAUGCUACAGUAAUUAGCGCAACAUCGUAAAUAGAUUUUGAAAAAUUUUGCAAAUAUAUAUAAACCACCGAAAUUCGCUCAUCCUAUAUGCACAAUGAAGAAAAGAAUUAUAGAAAUGCGUUAUUGGAUGGUAAUCGCAGGCACAGACGUAAUUAUAAUUAUAAUUGUUUUUUUUGUCUGUAUAGUGUCAAUAAAUAAUAUGCGCUAACCAUAAUAUUCUUAAUUUCUCUCAAAAUUGAUACUAAUUCUUCU